CCAGCGAUUAGUUGAUAGGUAAUUGCGACUUGAAGUGAUCUGGUAUUCAGAAACUGAUAAUUUAAAAUCACCAUAAUCACUGGCGUUUGUACUAUAGAAAGAGAAGUGGAACGCGCUGGAGCCUAUCGUAUCUUACUUGGAGUAUACAGGAUAUUAGAAAAAAAUAAAUUGUUGUGUACGAGAAGUUAUCAAUAAACUUUUGGAAGAAUGCAAAGUUUUUUGUCAAUCGCGAUAUCUCUGGGAUUUUUAUUUACAACAUCUUUUGUAUUGAUAUCAUGCAUGUCAUGUAGACGAUUCAUCGCCAAAAGGAAAUUGAAAAAAGAAAAAAAGAAAGAAAGGGUGAAUAUACCAGAAAUAAAAAUAGACAUUGGCGAAUCACAACUAGAAGAAAAACAGGAGAAUGGAAUAGCAAAUCCCAGCUAUCAAGAAGCAGGGGGUUCGAAUCAGGAGACAGAGAUGAAAAAUGGUACCGAAGAAAAGAUCGAAACUGACGUUGAAAACGUGAUUGAAGCAACGGAAAUAAAUGAAAACAUUAUCAAACAGGAAGUAAUAUCCGAAGAACAAGAAGCAUCUGCCGUAGGUGUAGAAAACAAAGCUUACGGAGAACCCAAAGGAGAACACCCUGUCAGUAAUACAUCUGUCGAAAGAGAAACAACAGAGGUAACGGUGGUGCCUACCGAAGCUGAGCCCAUCAACCAUGCCAACAGGAACGAAUUACCCACAAAUAAAGUACUACAAACACAAGAAGAAACCGGACUUUUUGAUGAAAAACUUUCGAAGGAAGAGCUGGAACCGUAUGAUGACAUGGUGUUAGAAGGAGAAUGGAGACGACCAGUUGUACUGUCCCAAUUGUUAGAGAUUGGUAUAAUCAAUAAGAAAAUGGCUGAUGAAAUAAAAUCUGAAAUAAUGAAUGCAAAACGGAAACAAAAAGAAGAAGAUACAUAUGAUGAUGAAGAAAUACCAGAAAUGUUAAAGAAAUAUUUAUGCGGAGAAGAACCUAUUGCAGGAAUAUUAGUUGCCGAAACUGGAGAAAAGAAGUCUAUCUUCAAGUCAGCAAAAGAUGGAAUAUUAAGACGAGGAACAGCAAUAAGUCUUUUGGAAGCUCAAGCGGCGACGGGAAAUAUUAUAGAUCCGGUUACUGGAAGAAAAAUGUCUGUGAAGGAAGCCACACAAUUGGGUUUGUUGGAUAAAGUAUAUGAAACCGUGUUACUUAGAGCUGAGAGGGCUGUAAUCGGAUAUAAAUUUCGCGCAUCAGAUCACGUUUUAUCUUUAUAUGAAGCAAUGCAAAAAGGACUGGUAGUGGAAUCUCAUGGUUUAAGAUUGUUAGAAGCUCAAUGCGCAACUGGAGGUAUAAUUGACCACAAGAUAAACGUUAGAGUCCCAUUAGAUGUCGCCAUCAAGCGUGAAAUUUUGGAUGAACGUCUGAAGCAAAAGCUUGAAGAUGACGAAGGAGAUGAUACAAAAACCUUCUUUGACCCAAAUACAGAAGAAAAUGUAACGUACAAAGAGCUGAUGAGGAGAAGCAUUGUGGACAGGGACACUGGUUUACGACUUUAUCCACUUGAAAAAAUAAUAAAGAAAAGGAUAAGCUAUGGAAGCUAUUCAGGAAGAUCGAGUCGGUCUUCAAGUAGAACAGUAAGCAGAUCAAACAGUCAAGAAAAUCUUGCUGCCAUGAAUCUUAGUCCAUAAUCUCGCAUAAAAUCUUCCACACAGUCAAAAGCGAAUGUCAUAAGGAAGGACUGAACAGUACGAUGCAUCAGGUUCCAAUACAUACAUACAAAUGAGGCAACAUAUACAAAUGAAGAGGCGACACAAGGGAAGUUACUGUCAUUCCAAAUUAGUGAAACUGUUCGAAUACCUUUUAAUGUGUAUAUUUUAGUUUUUUUUUAUACUGAAUAAUAACAAAUUGUUGCAUAAUUAUUCUACUUAAAAUAUUGUAUAAUAAAUAUAAGUAAUACAGUAAUAUGAUUUGCCAAACCUCUGCAGUGAAAUACAACGUAUAGAAUUCUAGCUUCAUCUGUCAUGCAUCCUUUGAUUGAGCAUUCUGAUCCAUAGACGGAAUUUAAAAAAACGUUCCUAAAAAUCUGUAUUUACUUGUAGCAGCAAGAUUAGUUUGCUUUCAGAAUUCUAUAAAUAGAAGCAAGUGCAGUUUGCAACAUUUAUGGCAACGCAAAGUUUGUGCAUUCUUCGUCAGCGAGAUUGGAUUUCAUUUAUUUAUACUAGCUUCAUACUAUUUCAUCUAAACGGUAGGCAGUCACAUAAAUUUACUUUAUAUUUACUUUUGAAUUGUUUUUAUAUUUUAUCGCAUACCGUUUCGCAAUAUCAUUAUCAGCAUCUUCAUCCGGCGUACGGAUUAUGUUGCAUGCAUGCAGUAUAAUUUUCGAAACGAAAUUAGCUUUUUUUAGCCUUUCUUGAAAAAAGGGGCAACAUGCAUGCCGAUAUCAUAAUUUUUACUUGAACUGAUUAUGUCGGUAGUUGAAAUGCGAAACCAAGUGUCGCAAAUUCUAAAAUCUUUAAGUAUCCAAAUAUAGCUAUAUAUAUUAUAUUAUGUUAAUUUUCCAACUUUUCAACCCUCACGAGAAAACCGACUUUCAGAAUAUUUUACACAUAUCAUUUGAGUUUCAAGUAAGUCAUUUUAUUUUUUACUUGAUUAGUUCUAAAGACAGAAACCUGAUAUAUUUUUACUUCUUUACUUGGUCAAAAUCUAAAUUGACGAUAUACACCCGCCACUUCGCCAAGCAAUUUUAAUGGCUGGUCAGGGGCCACGGGUAACGAAAUAGGAAUACAUACCAACGUACCAGAUUUAAAUCAAAUAUUUUUAGAAAACAUUGAUUGGUCAAAGUUGAUUAAUCCAAUAUAUAUAUUUUAGAUCGUGUAAAAUGUGUUUCGCAUUAACUAAUACGGUUAUUCACAAUUAAUCUAAUUACGUUAUUAUCUUGAAUACUGUCGACGUUGCGACAAAAUUAAUUUGCAUAUUCCAAAAUUAAAUAAAAGUUUACCUAA